AUGUUAAAUGCAGACCAUAGUCUUGCAUUUUGUGGCCACUCCGACAAAUUGUUUGAGUCUGGUAAUGGAAAUUUCCUUGGACAAGUACAAUUAAUGGCUCAGUUUGAUCCAGUGAUGCGUGAGCAUUUGAGGAGAAUUCAGACAAAAGAGCUAAGUGACACUUAUUUAAGUAAACAUAUUCAAAAUGAACUAAUUUCCAUUGUGGCAAAAUGUACAACUGAUGCAAUUGUUGAGAUUGUUGAGAGAGUAAAAACAGCCAAAUACUAUGCCGUGAUCAUGGACUACACUCCAGACCUCAGUCACAAUGAGCAGCUAUCAGUGGUGCUAAGAAUAGUUAAUUGUGAGUUAUCAAAGGGUGUCUCCAUCCAUGAGCACUUUGUUGGAUUUCUUCAGGCACUUGACACAACAGGAAAAGGCUUAUGCGAGACAUUUUUAGGCCACCUAGAAACACUAGGAUUGGAUCUGUACAACUGUCGAGGCCAAUCUUACGAUAAUGGAAGCAACAUGCAAGGUAAAAAGCAGGGAGUCCAAAAGAGAGUGCUGGAAUUAAACCCCAAAGCUUUAUGUGUUCCUUGUGGAAGACACACACUGAAUCUUGUUGUUGGUGAUGCAGCUAAGUCUUCUGUGAUGUCCAUCAGUUUCUUUGGGCUGUUACAGCGGCUUUACACUCUUUUCAGUUCCUCAGUUCACCGUUGGACCAUUCUCAAAGAACAUGUCAAGAAUUUUACACUGAAGGCAUUGUCAGCCAUCAGGUGGGAGUGUAGAGUUGAAGCUGUUAAAGCUAUUUGUUACCAGCUGCCUGAAAUUGUGAAGGCAUUAACUGCUCUAAAGGAGUACGCCACAGAGAAACGAGAUGCUGAUGUUGUCUCAACAGCUGAAAGCAUCUGCCAGGAGCUGCAGAGAUGGCCUUUUGUGGUAAGUACCAUCGUGCGGUACAAUGUGUUGUUCCAGAUAAAUAAAGUAAAUGCUAGGGAGAUAGCAGAUAAGCUUGAGGUGGAGAUGAGCUGGCCUGAGGUGCGUCAGAGAAGAAAAACUAAACAGUUUGAGUAUGAGGGAACAGAGCACACUCAGUCAACUGCAGAAGAGCUCUUCAAAAGAGAGGUUUUUCUGCCUCUAAUAGAUACUGCUCUUGUCACAGUAGAGGACAGAUUUUCCAACAUGGAAAUCUUCUACAAGCUUUAUGGAUUUCUCUACUCUACUGAAAUAAUGAGAAGCACUGAGAAUGAAGGGAAGCUGGAUGAAUGCUGCCCCAGAUUAGAACAGAAAUUGGAUGACAUUGAUGCAGAAGACCUGAAGCUUGAGGACAGGCUGUCUGCACUUGCUGUUAUCUCCAUCGAGCAGGAAGUCAGGAAGUCACUGGAUAUGGAAUCUGUGAUUGCAAGAUUUGCUGAGGCCAAAGCUCGCAAGGCCAGAUUUUAG